UACACCGCUUGAUUGUAGAUCUCUUCAUCUGCAGAGGGAACAAACAGUAUCAUGGAAACAAUGCUGAAGACCUCACCCACCAGGAAGGUAUAUAUCCUCCCGAACACAAACACAAUACUGCGUAUAUGAAUAUUCAUUACUCACAUGAAUGCCAAAGGUUCUCGUGCCGCCUACUGGCAGAAGAGAGAACUGACAGCUGGGUUGAAUUUCCGAGUAACUGAACAAAGCCACACUACAAUCCGCAUUGACUGUCUACAGCAAAUUAGUUUAAAAUUGCCGAGACAAUCCUGGUUAUGAUAGGGCAGUUACAAUUUUUUGUUUUGGGGGGGGUUUGCUGACUUUUUCGUUCCUGUUUCAGCCGUGUUGGUGACCUUUGAUCUCCUUUCUGCAAAUACUGCACACAUUCCCAGCCCCACCUUAUGCAGGAAAUUGCCUAACCAGAGUGACUGGUUUUGGAGAAAAAGAAACUUAGAUAUUCAUUUCCUUCUCUGCUAUCAGCGAUGGCGUCUUCAGACCUGAGAGCGGAGCUGGAUUGUUCCAUCUGUCUGAACAUUUAUACGGAUCCCGUCAUGUUAAAAUGUGGACACAACUUCUGCCAGGUCUGCAUUGACCGCGUGUUUGAUACCCAGGAGGGGUCUGGAGAUUAUUCCUGUCCUCAGUGCAGGGAAGAGUUCCAGGAACGACCUUCAAUGCAAAGAAAUAUCACUCUGCGGAACAUCACUCAACGUUUCUUGUCUGCUCCGCAAGAUUCAGAGAAGUCCGGGAUCUUCUGCACUUACUGUAUUCACUCCUCUGUACCCGCUGUGAAGUCCUGUCUACUUUGUGAGGCUUCUCUAUGUGAUGACCAUCUGAGAGUCCACAGCAAGUCACCAGAACACGUGAUAUGUGUCCCCACCAGCACCCCGGAGAACAGGAAGUGCCCCGUCCAUAAGAAGAUCCUGGAGUAUUACUGCACUGAGGACUCUACUUGUAUCUGUGUCUCCUGCAGUUUAACUGGAGAACAUCGAGGACACCAGGUGGAGACCCUACAAGAGGCCUCUAUAAAGAAGAAGAAGAAACUGAUUAAUAAUCUUCAAAAAAUUAUUACUAAGAGAGAGAAGACAGAAGAAAGAGUCCGGAGUCUGCAGGAACACCGAGGAAAAGUACAAGGAAAAGCAGAUGGUGAAACAGAGAGAUUUACUGUCCAGUUCAGAGACCUCAGGAGACGUCUGGAAGAUCUGGAGGAGAAAGUCCUGGGUGAGAUCUCCAGGCAGGCAGAGCAGAUUUUAAGUCCAGUCAAUGAUCUGAUUCAGCAGUUGGAAUUAAAGAUGGAGGAUCUGUCCAGGAAGAUUGAUCACUUAGAAGAGUUGUGCGCCAUGACGGAUCCAUUGACCGUCCUACAGGAACCAGACUCCGGUGACUUGGAUGAUACUGAGGAUGAAAAUUUGUGGAUUUUUAUGUCCCAUUACAUCCUCAUCAGUGGUCUGGAUGUGACUAAGGCCACAGAUAUGUUCCGCACAGGUUUAUCUGAUAUAAUACCUGCUAUUAUUGGGGUAACUGAAGGGAUCUACAUACAGAAAGCUGUAGACAUAUUAUUGGAUGAGGACACAGCUAAUAAUGAUGUAUUUAUAUCAUAUGAUAAGAAGACUGCAUCAAGGUCGGGUGGACUCCAGAAUCGCCCACAUAGUUGGAAGAGAUUUAGAGAUUAUAAUCAAGUCUUAGGCAGUCAGAGUUUCUCCUCAGGGAGACAUUAUUGGGAAGUAGAUGUUCAGAGAUCCAAUAACUGGAUCAUUGGGAUGUGCUACGCAAAUAUACACAGGUAUGGGAAGAAUUCUUACAUAGGAGACAAUAACAAGUCCUGGGGUUUGGACAGGAAGGGUAAAAAGUAUAGAGCAGCGCAUGACGAGGAAGUGACCGAGCUCCCUUACAAUAUUCCCACUAACCGAAUCCGGGUAUACCUGGACUAUGAGGCCGGACAGCUCUCCUUCUAUGUGUGUGACCCCCUCUGCCACCUCCACACCUUCACCGCCACCUUCACCAAACCCCUCUAUGCUGUGUUAGGGGUGUGGCAUUCAGAUAUAUCAUUAUCUUGAAGGGAGGUGCCAAGACAAAUAAUUCUGACAUUUCUCCAUCUCCCCCCCCCUUCCUGAUCACAGUGAUUGGCUGUACUCACCAUCCUAAGCCCUGAGGCCACAAAUCCAUAUAGCUCUGCUCAGGGCGCCCGCAGAACUUAUUCCAGAGGGGCAUCAUUUAAAGGUCACUCAUGCUCUGCCCUUUUUCAACAAUGUCAUGGAGGGGAGGGGCUUAGUCUUUAUCACUGAGCCCAUCACUUGCAGCCUCACUGUGCCCAUCCAAUGCGGCCUCACUGU